UGAAGCUGAACUAUUGUGAGUAUGCCUCAUGCUGUAUGCGCGCCGCUGCACAUGGGGAGAGUGACCUCUGUCUGGAUCAACCAGCCACGAUGGCUUUCUGUGUUGCAUCUAAAAUGAGAUUACUGAAUAUGGUGACUCGAACCAUUAGAUGUUCAUCUGCAUUUCAUACUCUUGUUCAGGAAGGAAGAGUAUCUUGCUCAUCCUUAAGAGUCCCUUGUCAGCAAUCGCUAUACAGAACAAUAAGCUUGUUCCAGUGCCUGAGGGCAGAAGAUACAAAGUUAGACCUAGAUGAGUGGAAGACUAUUAUGAAAUCUGAUACCCAAAGUACUGAGACGGAACUGAACUCAGAAACACAAGAGGAUCCCUCACUGGCCAGCAUGAGAGAAUUGGUAGAAAUGUGGAGACUGGCAGGUAGAGCUGUGCCAACAUCCAUGACUACAGAACAAGUACAAGCCCUUGUGGAGCUUUCUUCUGUUUCAUCGCGGAAAAAGUAUUUAAAAUUCUUGUCAAUUAAGGAAACGGAGAAAAAGAACAGGAUUAAAAAGAAGCAAGAGCUUCAGAAAGCUAAGAUGGAGACACUGACUGAACCAGCAGUAGCAAGUACAGAAGUGAAAAAUACCUUAUUUUUAAAGUUCUGGGAUAGCUCCAUUGAUAACUUGCUCCGAUGGAGAGUUGCACAGGCAAUGACAUUGGGACAACCUCUAGUGUUUGACAUGGUAUAUGAAAACUAUAUGUCACGGUAUGAACUAGAGAAUACUGUGUAUCAGUUAAUGCUGUCUGAAGGAUGGAACAGAAGAGCUAAAGAUCCUUUCCACCUCUACUUCUGCAGCCUCCAGCCUAAUGGACCAUACCAUAAGGAACUGGUAAAGCGUUACACCGGAGCUUGGGAUAAUGUACUUGUAACUGCCACUGAGAAGUCCCAUGUAGACAUCUUCCCACAGGAUCAGCUUGUUUACCUGACAGCAGAUUCUCCUAAUGAGUUGAAGAGAUUUGACCAUAAUAAAGUUUACAUUGUUGGCUCCAUAGUUGACAGAUGUCAGCAAACGGGAUUGUCGUUAGCAAAUGCUAAACGGCUGAAUUUGACCACUGCACGUUUACCUCUAGACAGAUACCUGAAGUGGGACAGCGGAGCUAAAAAUCUUACCCUUGACCAAAUGACAUGUAUUCUUUUAAGUUUAAAGGAGGAGAGUGACUGGAAAAAAGCAUUGUCCUUUGUCCCAACUAGAAAACAUGAAGGGUUUAUAGAACGUGGUCACUCACGAGAAAAGAGCAAGGUCAAAAAAUACAAAUAUGCUCAAAAAUGGUAAAGUAUGGACAUUAAAUGGUUUCUAACAUUGAAAGCCAGAAAACAAGAAAACAAAACAAUGGAAAUAGUGAUAUCGGACACAAUUUAACAUUAUCCCAAUAGCUUUAUUCUGUACAUUUGUUAUUAAAUAGUAUUGGUUACAAGCCUGGUUA